AUGUUAACAAUGGAUAAGUGCAAACACAUUGGGCAGUUGCAGCUUGCUGAAGACCAUUCCGUUCUCAACCCUCAGAAAUGGCAUUGUGUGGACUGCAAUACAACUGAGUCCAUUUGGGCUUGCCUUAGCUGUUCCCAUGUUGCCUGUGGAAGAUAUAUUGAAGAACAUGCACUCAAGCACUUUCAAGAAAGCAGUCAUCCUGUUGCAUUAGAGGUGAACGAUAUGUAUGUUUUUUGUUACCUUUGUGAUGAUUAUGUUCUUAAUGAUAAUGCAAGUGGAGACCUGAAGUUACUACGAAGUACAUUAAGUGCAAUCAAAAGUCAAAAUUAUCACUACACCACUCGUAGUGGAAGGGUUUUACGAUCUAUGGGUAUAAGUAAUAAUUCUUAUUUCUUACAUAAUGGCGCCCAAUCCCUGCUUCAAAAUGAAGAUCAAAUGUAUACUGCUCUUUGGCACAGGAGAAGGAUCCUGAUGGGUAAAAUGUUUCGAAUUUGGUUUGAACAAUCACCCAUUGGAAGAAAAAGGCAAGAAGAACAAUUUCAGGAAAAAAUAGAAAAAAGAGAAGUUAAGAAAAGACGACAAGAAUUAGAGCAUCAAGUUAAAGCAGAACUGGAAAAUAUGCUCCCAAGAAAGAGUCUGCGUUUGCAAGGUCUAGCUCUGUCCACAAUAGAAAUAGUUCCUGUUGAAGAACCACUCCAAACCCCAGCAGCACCAGCAAAAGAUAAAGUGGUGUCUAUCUCAGAAGGCGUAAGAUUAAAAAAAGCCAGUGACUCCUCAACUAAACAAAGGCCAAUUUUAGCUCCUGGUGUAACAGGAUUAAGAAAUUUGGGAAAUACUUGCUAUAUGAACUCUGUUCUUCAAGUGUUGAGUCAUUUACUUAUUUUUCGACAAUGUUUUUUAAAACUUGAUCUGAACCAAUGGCUGGCUGUGACAGCUAAUGAAAAGACAAAAUCAUCUUAUAAGCAUCCACCAGUCACAGAUGCAGUGUAUCAAAUGAAUGAAUGCCAAGAAAAAGCUAAAAGCUCUGUCUACUCCAGACACCCAAGUUUAUCAUCUAGACUAAGUGGUGGCGCAUCAAAGAGUAGAAAGAUGGAACUUAUUCAGCCAAGGGAGUCAAGCUCACAAUAUAUUUCUCUCUGUCAUGAACUACAUACUUUGUUCCAAGUCAUGUGGUCUGGAAAGUGGACCUUGGUCUCACCAUUUGCUAUGCUACACUCAGUGUGGAGACUAAUUCCUGCUUUUCGUGGUUAUGCCCAACAAGAUGCUCAGGAGUUUCUUUGUGAACUUUUGGAUAAAGUACAACAUGAACUAGAGACAACUGGUACCAGGUUACUAGCUCUCAUCCCCACUUCUCAAAGGAAACUUAUCAAACAGGUUUUGAAUGUUGUGAAUAACAUUUUUCAUGGACAACUUCUUAGUCAGGUGACAUGUCUUGCAUGUGACAACAAGUCAAAUACCAUAGAAUCUUUUUGGGACUUAUCACUGGACUUUCCUGAAAGAUACCAACGCGGUGGAAAAGAUAAUGCUUCUAAGCCAUGCCCAGUUACUGAAAUGUUGGCCAAAUUCACAGAAACAGAAACUUUAGAAGGAAAAAUUUACAUAUGUGACCAGUGUAACUCAAAGCGUAGAAGGUUUUCUUCAAAACCAGUUGUACUCACAGAAGCCCAAAAACAGCUUAUGAUUUGCCACCUACCUCAAAUUCUUAGACUACAUCUCAAACGAUUCAGAUGGUCAGGACGUAAUAUCCGAGAGAAGAUUGGUGUUCAUGUGGACUUUAAAGAAGUCUUAAACAUGGAGCCCUACUGCUGCAGGGAGUCCAUGAAAUCCCUCAGACCAGAAUGUUUUAUCUAUGACUUAUCUGCUGUAGUAAUGCACCAUGGGAAAGAAUUUGGCUCAGGACACUACACUGCCUACUGCUAUAAUUCUGAAGGAGGGUUCUGGGUACACUGCAAUGAUUCCAAGCUAAGCAUGUGCACUAUGGAUGAAGUAUGCAAGGCCCAAGCUUAUAUUUUGUUUUAUACCCAGCAAGUUACUGAGAAUGGACAUGCUAAACUCUUGCCUCCAGAGCUCCUGUCUGGUAUCCUACCUCCUACUGAAGAAGCUGAUACCUCUAAUGAAAUGCUUAGCUGA